AUCUUGAUUUAAGUACUUCAGCUCACAAAAACAAACUAGGUGCUGUUAUUUGGUAAAAUACAAAGAAAUACCAAAAAAAUUAUGUAACCACAAGAGAUGUGUAAAUUAGCACAAAACUGUUGUUACGUGAAAUUUGGAACAGAAAAGCCAGUUGUGACACAGUUUUACAUUAUUUAAUGCCAUCAGAAAACUCCUCUGCAGGGGGACGCAUGUGAAUAUCACUCACAGGUCUUAUCAAAAGUGAUAGAAGUCGAUGAUAAAAUGGAGCACAGUGAAGAGUGUUGAAGAGCGUGUCAGAAAACAGUUUAGUGGGAAACUUCCUUUUGGGACGAGCAGCGUUUGACAGUGAAGCUCCUCCAGAUGUUGUAGAGAGAGUUGGAGGAAGAUUGAAGAGAAUACAUGUGACCAUCAUCAACAGUCCUCAGCUGCUCCAGACAAACAUCUCAGAUUGUGUGUGAAUCUGAUCCAGGAUCUGUGUGUUCAUACUAGAACUGUAGUAUAAAAACGAAGGAAAAGAUGAGCAGGGUGAAACAAAUUCAGCAGAAAUUAUUCAGUGAAGAUCCAAUUAAACGCACAACUGAUGAAAGCACACGUGAUGUUAAAGUGGUAACUAAAACCGGCUCAUCCGUGGACAAAGAUGACAGCAGACCUGUGCAUUCUCUCAAAGAGGGUAAAACAUACAAUAAGAGCCAUACAGAGAAAAAGGAAGAAACAGGCAGUGUUUCCGGUUUCCUGGAUAUCCUAAAACCUAGGAACAAAAGAGAGAGAAGUCCAGAUGUUCAUCGCCCUAACAUGUCAAAGCUGAAUCUGGUUGUGUGCGGGAGAGAAGAGAAACUAAAAUCCUCCGUAUCAGACCUGAUCCUGCAGCAGACAGACAGUGGAUCAAAAUGUGUGAAUAGAGAAGUGGAGAUUCAUGGUCGUCAGAUCAGUCUGGUGAAGAUUCCAGCUCUCAGUCAGAUCAAAGAGGAUGAAGUAAGGCGACACACUCUCCGAUGUGUGUCUCUCUGUGAUCCUGGAGUUCAUGUUUUCCUCAUCGUUGUUCCUGAUACCCAAAUUAAUAAUGAAGACAAAGCAGAAAUAGAUAAGAUCCAGAAGAUAUUCAAUUCCAGAAAGCAUUUCAUGCUGCUCUUCAACACAAACCUUCCUGUUGGAGACUCAGUGACAGAUUUAGUCAAAUCCAACCCAGAAACUCUGAGAUUAAUAAAACUAUAUGGUGAUCAGUACAGAGUGAUGAGAUUGGAGAAUCCAGAAAACUCAAGGCAGAUCCCAGAACUGUUGGAUUAUAUAGAGAAGAUGAAGACUGAACCCUAUUCACUUCUGAUGUAUGUGAAAGCUCAAGAGAACAGAGUCAGACUAGAAACUGAGGAGAAAUAUGAAGAAAAGAUGAAGAAAAUGGAGAAUGAAAAUAAAGAUUUAAAACAGAACAUUCCAUCACAUGAUCAAUCAGAUGAUCCAGGGGGUCUGAGGAUUGUGCUGAUCGGGAGAACAGGAAGUGGAAAGAGCGCAACAGGAAACACUGUUCUGGGAAGAGAGGAGUUUCAUAGCCAAUCGAGCACAGAUUCAGUGACGACUGUUUGUGAGAAGAGAGUUGGUGAAGCUGAUGGACGAUCAGUAGCUGUUGUUGAUACUCCAGGUCUCUUUGAUACAACACUGUCAAAUGAUCAUGUGAUGGAAGAAAUAGUGAAAUGUGUUUCACUGUCGUCACCUGGACCUCAUGUGUUUGUCAUUGUGUUGAGUUUGGGAAGAUUCACCAAAGAAGAAACAGACACUGUAGAUCUGAUAAAGAAGAUCUUUGGUCCAAAAUCUGCUCAGUUCAGCAUCGUUCUGUUCACUAGAGGAGAUGAUCUGAAGAAUGAGUCUAUAGAGGAUUAUGUUAAGAGAAGUAAGUCUGCAGAACUCAAGAAGAUAAUCAGAGAUUGUGGAAACAGAUUCCUGGCUUUCAAUAACAAUGAAAAUCAAGAGAAAACUCAAGUGAUUCAAUUGUUAAACAUGAUAGAAGAGCUGAAAAAUACUAAUGAGGGUCGAUACUUCACUAACAGCAUGUUUGAGGAGGCAGAGAUGAGCAUAAAAAAGAAAAUGGAGGAAAUAAUGAAAGAUAAAGAAAGAGAAAUGCAGAAUCAGAGAGAAGAAUUACAAACCAAAUAUGAGAGAGAAAGGAAAGAUAUGAUGAAGAGACUCGAGGAAGAGAAACAAAGAGCAGAUGAGGAGAGAAUGAAAAUGGAGAAUCAUUUCAGAGAAAAAGAGGAAAAACUCAGAAGGGAGUCUGAAGAAAGAGAAAAAACAGAACAGAAGAUUCGAGAGAUUGAAAACCAGAAACGAUCAGAAGAGGAAAAACAGCAAAAAGCUGAAUAUCAUCAGAAAAUAGAAGAAAUGAAGAGAGAGAUUGAAAAUCAGAGAUUACAGUAUGAAAAACAGCAAAAAGAAAGAGAAGAAGAAGAUAGAAAGAGAGAAGAGAAAUACAGACAAGAUCAAGAAAAGAUGAAAAAUGAACAAGAAGAACAAGAGAAGAAGAAAGACAGAAGAUAGAGGAGGAGAGACAGAAACAGAGACAUGAACGAGAAGGAAAAGAGAGAGAAUAUGAGGAAAAGAAAACUAAAAUGGAAAGACAUUAUGAAAGACUGGAGCGAGAGAGAAAAGAGGAAUGGGAGAGAAGAAAACAAGCAGAUGAAGAGAAACGAGAAGAAGAGAGAAAGAGAUGGAAAAAAAUGAUUGAAGAUCUGAAACGUGAGCAAGAGGAAGAGAAAAGGACAAGAGAAACAGAGGAGAAGAACAGACAAGAAAGAGAAGAGGGAGCGCGAGAAGAAAUGAAAAAGAAACAUGAAGAGGAAAUAAAAGUCAUGAAGAAGAAACAUGAAGAUGAAGCCAGAAAACAAGCAGAAGAACUGAAUGAUUUCAGAGAACAAAAAAACAAGAAAGAAAAGGAAAGACAAGAGCUACUACAAGAAAUUGAAAAACUGAAAAAUAAAAAAAGUUGUGUUGUUAUGUGAUCAUUUUUAAAGCACAAAUAUGAUGUGUCAUAAAAAUUAGUGCCAAUUUUAGACAACAUAUUACAAGCUUAAAAUACCUUUUUUUGUACGUUAUUUGAUUGAAAUGACAUUUGGGGAGAGAAGGGCCCAGCUAACAGGGAACCAGUUAGGGAACAUUUACAUAACUUCGACUAUAAUUUUGACAAGGUUCUCUCAGUUAUGAACAAAUGUUCUUCCAGUAACAUUAAUAGAAUUUUUGUUCAAUGUUACCAGGCCUUUAUUAAUGUUCUCAAAAGGUUAGCACAAAAACAUCAUUUGUAAAUUUUGUUUCGUAGUUGUUGUUUUUUUAUGUCAAUGUUGGAAGAAAACACUCUUAGAACAUUCUUAGAACAUCUUUAAAACACUUAAAACGACUGACUUCAAAUAAAUAAGAUUGUCUGGCUGUUUUAAAAGAACAUCCUGGAAGGUGGGGAAGUUUUGUAGCCUGUCCCAUAUAUAUUGUGCCUGACUUUUCUCUGAAAUUUAUGUAAAGGUUAUACAAGUGUUAGAAUUUAAAACACUUUCAAAACAAUGUUCCAUGAAAUGAAUUUUUGAUUAAUAUUCUCAUAAUGUUAUCAGAAAACUUCUUGAACAACAUUCUUCAAAUGUACGUUAAAUAUUAAAGAUCACUGGCUUAAAAAUUGCUUAAGGUUCAUUUCAUUUAAGGUUCAUGUAUUUAUUUCAAAUAAACAAACCUAUUUGU